UAUCUUACGUAAAAAUGUUUUCUCUCAUUCUCAUACUACUAAUUACAACUCUACCUUCCUACGCUCAAUCAACUCCUGCUCCAUGCACUAAAUACAACUUUGUACCAACCAAAAACAAACCAAAUAACGUCUUCAAAAAAUGUGUUGAUCUCCCUCUAUUAAACUCCGCCCUACAUUACACCUACCAACCUCCCACACAAACUCUCGAACUCGCCUACCGCCACCACGGUACAAGCUCAAUGUGGGUGGCGUGGGCUCUUAACCCCACCGCAAAGGGCAUGAUUGGAGCUCAGUGUUUGGUUGCGCAUCGGAGUCCGAAAAAUGGGUCCGUCAUUGCAUACACCUCGGCUAUUAGCUCCUAUAAGACCAGGCUUGAUGAGGGUGUGUUGAGUUUUAACGUGACAGGUUUAAAGGCAGAAAAUAUUAAAGAUGAGAUUAUUAUUUUUGCAACGAUUAAUAAUGUUCCUAAUGUUAAAUCGGUGGUUAAUAUGGUUUGGCAAGAAGGCCUGCUUUCUAAGGACGGUUUUGUUGAGGAGCAUAGUAUGUCAGGGCCAUCCCUUCGUUCUAUGGCCUCACUUAAUCUUGAUUCUGGCGCCAUACAUUGUGAUUCUUCCUUGAAAAUUGCGCAUGGGAUAAUAAACGUAAUAAGCUGGGGACUUUUGAUGCCUGUGGGAGCAUUAAUUGCAAUGCAUACGAAGAAUUUUUUUCCAUCAGCAGACCCAGCUUGGUUCUACCUCCAUGCUGGUUGUCAACUCACAGCCUACAUUCUCGGCGUUACGGGCUGGGCCACCGGUCUUAAACUUGCCAGUGGCUCGGCCGAUCACCACCAGCUCCACAGAUUCUUUGGCACCCUCCUCUUUUGCAUGGCCACGCUUCAGGUGUCAGCACUUUUCUUAAGGCCAGAUAAAGACCACAAGUACAGAGCGAACUGGAACAAAGUCCACCAGAGUGUUGGGCAAAUAACAAUCCUUACCAGUAUAUUAAAUAUAUUUCAAGGUCUCCGGAUCCUCAAGCCUGGUUUUACUUGGCACAUAGCCUACAUUAUUCUGGUAUUUGUACUACUGAUGAUUGAACUCUUACUGGGUAUCAUUGUUUCGAAUAGAAAAAAGACUGAGGUUGCAGAAAGCAGCAACUAA